UAGCGACACACGGCUAAGGUGUUAGCGGCUCGGCCGUUAAUCAGCGACUCGUGUGGUUUGGCCCAGGCUAUUUGCUGGAGAAGCAUCAGUUAGCGGACGCUGCUGACUGCUGUCAUGGAACGACGCAUAGAAAUCACGACAUUCUGACAAUAGCCCUGAAGCUGGAUGCUCAGCCACCGGGAUGGACUCACGGCUACUGAUUGGCUGGCAGGAAGAGAGGGCGGAGCUGAAACAGGAAGUGUCUCGGCUGCAGGAUGAACUGGCAGAGAGCCAAGCGGGGAAAGAAGCGCUGGAAUCACGAGCGCAGGCUCUCACUGAGAGGCUGUCUCGGUCCUUGGACCCGUCUCUGUCUCUCUCUCUCCAUCUGGAAGGUGAACAGAGAGAGUGGAAGAGGAGGGUGAGGGAGGGGAGGGAGAGAGAGGCACGACAGGCUCUGCUCAUACACAAGCUGCAGAACAAGGUGGUGGAGUACAGGGAUCGCUGUGAGCGUCUGGAUCAGAGACUCCAUGUGGAGGAGAGGGAGGUGCUCAGCAGAGAGCGGCGGAUGAGAGAUGAACACAGUGACUCCCUGGAGAGCGCCCUCAUCAGGCUGGAAGAGGAACAACAGAGAUCUACUGGUCUAGCUGAGAUGAACUCGCUCCUGCGAGACCAGCUCAGUCAGUCAACGCUGGCCAGCCAGGCCCUGAGGGAGGACCUGCAGAAGCUGACGGCUGACUGGAGCGGGGCUGUGGAGGAGCUGGAGCAGAAGGAGGCCGAGUGGCAGAGAGAGAGACAGCAUCUGACAGGUCACAUCGCUGAGGAGCAGAGCCGGUUGAUGUCACUGUGGGGCGCUGUGGUCACACUGAGCAGACACUGCCACGCCCUGAAAACUGCCACAGACAGGGACUUGUGGGAGUUGAGGGCUGAAUUCUCCCGCCUUUCCUCCUCUCUCCUCUCCAGUUGUGACUCCUUCACAUCUUUCACAUCCUCUCUGCUUCUCAGCGCUCCUUCAACCAACUUCCAAUCCUCUGCCCCUCCUCUCAACUUCUCCGGGCUCACUGUCCCUCCCUCUUCUCUCCUUCCCUCUCCCCUUUCCUCUACGCUGGCUCAUGACCAUCCCCCUUCACCUCCUCCUCGCUCCUCCCCACUGGCCCACCCUCAGCCAGACUCCUUUUCCCAAACUCCUCCCCUCUCCUCCGUCACACUGGGCACCUUCUCCCUGGGGGAGCUGGAGCAGAGGGAGGGGGAGGAAGAAGAGAUGGGGAAGCAGAAAGAGAGAAGAGAUGAGAAGGAGAGAGAGAUGUCAGAGUUGAAACUUUUACACGAGAAGGAGGUGCAGCAGCUGAAGGACAGGGUUGCUGAGCUGUCUGUCUACCUGCAGGCCUGCAGGAAGCAGCAGGAGGUGGACAGGGAGGCGGAGAGCAGUCUGCAGUCAGUCUGUCAGGCUGUAGUGAAGCUGUCCAGGGUCCUCAACACCAGCACCACCAUCAGGUCCAGUCCCAGUCUGUUUGGCUCAGCUCAGGAUCUGGAUUCACUGCUGUCUGUGCUGGCUCAGACAGAGAGCGCCCUCCAGGGGAGACACCAAGAGCUGCAGGAGGCAGAGGUUACCAUCAGGAGAUUAGAGGAGGAGAGGGCAGUGCUGGAAAACAGAGUCACUCAGUUGGAGACAGACACCCAGGAGAUCCACACAUACUCCCAGCACACACACCAAGAUCUCACACACACACAGGAAAUGCUAGCCAGGGAGAGGGACACGGUAGUUUCUCUGCAGAGACAGGUGGAGGAGGUAGAAAGGCGAGAGGAGGACAUGAAGAGAGACAACGACAGACUGAGGAGAGAGAGGGACGAAGAAGAGGAGAGGAGGAACAAGCUGGAGAGAGAGCGACAGAAACACAUGGAAAGUGAACUGGUGGAGACCACUCAGCAGAUGGAGAGAGAGACACGGAGCCGCAUGGAGAUCCACACUCUGAAGGGGGUGCUAGAGAGAGAACAGAUAGGUAGACAGAGAGCAGAAGAAGAGGCUGCUGAUGCCAGAGAAAGCCUUCAGAAGGCCAGAGAGAGUGUGUUGUCUCUCUCGUCCAGUGAGAGUCUGUUGAGGCGGGAGGUAAAUGUGGCUAGAGACAGUCUGGAGAAAAUGGCCGCCCUCAACGAGGCUCUGGCCCAAGACAAGAGACAGCUCGGCUCACAGCUGCUGAAGGUGGAGUUAGAGUUGGCAGAGAGCCAGUCCCAGCAGGAGGCUGUGGUGUCAGAGGUCGUCUCUCUACGCCGGGAGGUGAAAACGCUCAGGCAGGACUACAGCCAGCUCAGAAAUGAGAGAGAGAUGGAGGACGACCUGGUCCAGAAGCUGAGAGACAGCGAGAGAGAGCUGGCGAGAAUAGUGGAGGAGAGAGAGAGGGAGAAGGCUGCCCUGACAGAGGAGAGAGAGAGGGAUGGAAAACAGCUGGAGGAGCUGCUGUCCCAGCACCAGGUGGUGUGUGAGGAGUUGAGAGGAGUGAGGGAGGAGUUGUGUGGGGUGGUGGAGACUGACAGGAGAGGGCAGAGAGACAGAGAGGAGCUGGAGAGAGAGAAGAGGAGGUGUGAGGAAGAGGUGACAUCCCUGGAGGGGAGGAGGGAGCAACUGGAGGAGGAGGUGAAAGAACUGAGGUCUCUGUCAGUGUCUCUCCACCAUCAGCUGGCUGUGUCUCAGAAGCAGGUGUCAGAGUCGGAGGUUGACAGAUGUCAGCUGCACACACAGAUACACACACUGCAGCAGGCCAAGCGCACCCUGCACGGGGAGAUCGAGUGUCUGAGAGGAGAGCUGGAGCAAGGGAUGACCAGGAGAGAGGAGGAGAAGGAGAGAGAGAGGGAGGAGAGAGAGAGGAGUGACAGGGAGAGGGAGCAUGCACAAGGUGAGGCAGAGCGGCACCGUGAGCAGAUGGAACAGCUGAGGAAGAGGAGACAGGAAGAAGAGGAGAACUGGAGAGAAGAGAGAGACCGAUGGCAGCGAGAGAGAGAGGAGCUGAGCACAGAGCUGGGGAUGAGAGACGGAGAGGUGUCGGCACUGAACAACAGGAUGGAGGGAUUGAUGACGGAAAAGGAGGAGAUCUCGGCUCUGCUGGAGGAGAGAGAGAGGGAAGUGGAGAGACUAAAUGUCGCUCUGUCAGCUGAAAACCGGAAGACGGAAAACCAAGUGAGAGAAGAGAGAGAGCAGAUCGGUAGAUGGAUGGAGAGAGUGGAGGAGAAGGAGAAGGAGAUAGAAAGACUGGCUCUGUCUCUCACCAAGACAGAAAAUAGAAAGAAAGAACAGUUGAUGUCUGCUGAGAUAGAGAGAGAGAUGAUGACACAGCAUCUGGAAAAGAGUGAGAGAGAAGUGAGAGAGAGAGAGGAGGAGGUGGGGGAACUGAAGGAGAGAAUACACCGGAUGGAGGGAGCGAGGGAGAGACUGGAGGCUUCGCUAAAUGAACAGAACAUUCAGAUAGAGGGACUAGAGAGAGAGAAAGGGGUGAGAGAGGUAGAGCUUAAUAGAGUCCUGUCAGAACAGAGGAGCGUGGAAAAGAAGAUGAGGGGUAUACAGGAGGAGAAGGAUAGAUGGAGGGAGAGGGCGGAAGCAGCAGAAAGAGAGAAACAGAACAUGAGAGAUAAACUGGUCGACCAGGAGAUGAAGAUGGACGAGCAAGAAAAACAGAUGGAGAGAGAGAGAGAGAAGCUGUCAGAGCAGCUGGGAGUGACAGAAGCUCAACUGAGGAGGAGCGAAGAAGAGAUGGAGAGACUGAAAGAACAGAUCUCCAGUCUGGAGGAGGACAGGAGAGAGAGAAAGAGACUGCAGGGCCGGGUCUCCCUCCUGGAUAGAGAGAGAACGACAGAGCAGGAGAGAUGGAUAGAGGAGGAGAGAAGAUGGAAGAGAGGAGAGUCAGAGGCACGGGAGAGAGAGGAGCACCUGCGAGCGCAGCUGGCCGAGAGAGAGAAGGAGGUGGACCUGCUGGGGGUGAGAACAAGUGUGGUGGAGGAGGAAAGGGAUGAGAUGAAGAGGGAGGUGGAGAAAAGGAAUGGCAGCCUGGAGAGACAGAUGAGCGCUGUGCGGGAGAGAGAGGAGGAGGUGGAGAGACUCCAGGAGCACCUGCGACAGGCAGAGGAGAGGGCGGAUGAGUGGCAGAGAGAGAGAGAGGAGGAGUUGAGCAUGUUAAGGGAGAGACUGAGAGAGAAGGAGUGCAGUGAGGAGUUGAUUUCCUCCUCUCUGAGAGAAACUCAGAUGCUGCUGGAGAAACAACAAAUGCAGGAGAAGGAAAUAGAGGAGCAACUCACCCGUCAGGCCGCUGACCUCCGUAUGGCCGCUGCCCAGAGCCACGUCACCCAGACAGAGCUCAGGGAGGCACAGGAAGCCAACCAGGGACUGGAGGAAGAGGUGAGAGACUGGAGGGAGAGAGCGGUGCAGCGGGCGAGCGAGACAACCAAACUUGCCCGACUCCUUAGGGAGAGAGAGGAGGAGGUCAAGGAGCUGAAAACCACACUGGAGGAGAUAGACGGGGAGGAGGAGAGAUUGAAGGAUGCGCUGAGGAGGUCAGAGGAAGAGAGGAGGAGUCUGGUAGAUGAACUGAGAGAGGUGGAGGAAGAGAAGGAGACCUUGCAGAGCCGGCUGUCAGAGGAGGUACAGGGGAGCAGAGAGAGGCUGAAGGAGUUGGAGAAGGAGAGGAGGGAUUUGUCGGCAGAGCUAAGGAGGAGUGAGAGGGAAGUCUCAGCCCUCAGAGAGGAGGUGCAGAAUGAGUGUAGAGAGAAGCAGAAGGUGGAGUUGUCUCUGAGGAGGAUGGAGGAGGAGCUGAAGGUUGUGAAGGAGAGCAUGGAGGUGAUGUCUGCGAAGCUUGCCUCCCUCAAAGGAACAGUGUCGGAGCUGAGCCAGGACAGAGACCGGGCGCGGCAGGAGGUGAAAGAGAAGGAGGUGGAGAAGGAAAAAAUGAGAGCAGGUCUGCGGGCGGGUCUGGAGGAGAUGACCUCCCUCAAACGCCUCCUGCAGGAGAGCCAUGGCGAGGGGGAGCGUCUGAGAAAGACCCUCCGGGAGAGGAAGGAGGAGGUGGAGAGGAGCAGGGAGGAAAACAUGCAGGCUGUUAGGGCAGAGGUACAGAGAGAGAGAGAGAAGAUAGAGAGGAGAGAGGAGGAGAGGGACAAGGAGAGGGGAGAGCUGGAGGAGCUAAGAGCACGAGCUAAAGCCUCAGAGCAGAGGCGGAGAGAGAUGGCAGAGGAGAUGUGCAGGGAGAGGAAGGAGGCAGAGGAGCACUGGAGGAGGAGAGAGGAGGAGCUGAGGACAGAGGUUGAGAAACAGAGGAGAGAAAUUCACCAGCUGACUGACUGGAAGACUGAGAGUGAGAGAGAGCUAACGAAGGUGAAGAGAGAGAGGGAGGAGGCAGAGGAGCUGAGGGUCUGUCUGGAGGAGAGCCGAGUGGAGCUGAACCAGAUCAGAACCAGAACUGGAGAGCUGGAGGAAGACAGGAACCGUCUGUCUGCCCUGAUUGCCCAGAGAACAAGUGAAAGCAACAGACUGAGAGAGGUGGAGAGAGAGCGGGAGAGGAUGGAGGGAUUGAGGAGAGACGAGAGAGAGAGGGCAAAAGAGACUGAACGAAGAAUGGAGGAGGUGAUGAAGAGGUUGCAGGAAAGAGAGAAGGAGCUGGAGAGAGAGAGGGCUGGGAGAGAGAGAGAGAAGCGCCAGGACCUCCUGGAGGAGAGCGAUAUGGACAGACUGAAAGAGAAGAAAGAGACACUGGGGAGAGAGGCGAGAGAUGGAGAGAGAGAUGGAGUCCCACCAGAGAUGGAUGACAAGAAGACGAAGAAGAAAGGAGUAAAAGAGGAUCUCGAGGAGCUCCAAGAAAUCUCCUCUCUGAGGGAACGCGUCUCCUUGCUCCUGAGAGAGAAAGAGAAGGACAGGACACUGCUCGAGCAGAGAAAGUUCGAGGUGUACAGGCUGAGUCAGAGAAGUGACGAGCUGGCGAAGGACAGGGACCGUGUGCGAUUGGCUCUGGAACAGACUGAGGCUGCUCUGAUUGGCUACAAACAGAAAGCACUCCAACAGGAGAAGAAGAAAGAGGCGGGGCCUGCACAGCAGCAGCAGUGUGUGGACACAGGGACGGAGUCUCAGGGGCGCGUGGCGGUUCUCCAGAGGGCGGUGGCAGAAUUGGAGGUGGAGCAGAAACGACUGAACAAGAGGAACACUCACCUGGAACAACGCAACCAAAGACUGAAGACAGACAGAGACAAACUAAGAGCUGUACUCACAGAGGUGGAGGAGGAGAGAGGGAGUCAACUACAGUCUGACUCAAGUUUCAGUUUCCCACAGCAGCCUGCAGGUCCUGGCAGACCAGAGACUGAAGAACAACUAAGAGACAGAGUGAGAGAGCUGGAGCACCAGGUCCAUCAUCUGCGUCUCAUUCUAGCCCUGGACAACCACGAGAGGGCGGAGUUUAUUGAGCGUUCCUUCAAAAACAGCCAGUGGCUGCUGUCGCUGCGACACGACCUCACUGAUUCACUGGCUGUGGUCUCCCAGCAGCCAAUCCCGUCAGUCCUGGAAUCUGAGACUCAGCGAUUGGACAGGAGUCUGAGAGAGGAGGAGUUCAGAAUGUCUGUCCAGUCAUGUCAGCCAAUAAUGACGCCGGGACAGUCUUCAGCCACGCAGGUUAAAAUGUGAAGAGAGGCUCGGUCUGAGGUGUUGCACUGUGGGAGGGCCACUGGUGACCAGUGGCGUCCCCGUAGCAUCAGACAAGGUCAGAUCCUGGCUGUCCCUGCAUCUCUGUAGAGGUACAGAACUGCAGUCCCUAUAAACCAAGACAGUCCGGCUGUGACAGUCUCCUGACAAAAUGUUUACAGAAUGAUCACCAACAGUAACACAAUGCUGCCAUCUUGGAAAAGCAACUCACAAUGAAUGAGGGAUGGUGAUUAUUCUCCUUUCAUCUGAAACGCGAUGCUUUGGUCGUUUUGUUACAAAUAAAGAUUUGGUUUGUUAUUAUACUUUCAAUAUGGCAGCAUGUUCAUUGUAACCAGCAGUUAUCAGUAACCCAACAUACUGCUGCAGGGUCAGAGGUCAGGGCUGGGUUCAGUGCCCUGACACAGUGACCCUGGAAGGUUGACGGAGGUCAUGACCUCUGUUUCCAGCCAGGCUCGCUGGUGGAGCUGCUUAUUUAAUGUGCGGCAUGCAGAGGACUUUCUGCAGCCGUGUGUUAGCAUAGCAACACCACCUCUGCAGCCGUGUGUUAGCAUAGCAACACCACCUCUGCAGCCUUGUGUUAGCAUAGCAACACCAACUCUGAAGGACAAGUGUGCAAAACAAACACAAGUCUGGUUCUGAUGUUUAGAAUGAAUGUAUUCAUUGUGAUCAACUAGCCAAAGAUAAGUGCUUUUCAGCACCGCGGUCUGGACCAGAACUGAACUGGUCUCUGUGACCCAGCACCUCACCAAGGAGCCGCUGAGUUUCAGCAACCUGCUACCGAGAAUCCGCAUCCUGCAGCUCUCAUCUCCAAAGACUUAGCUGUCUGUGAUGAGGUGGUUCAGCUGUAGCAGGGCCUCAUGGAGGUCACUACUAAUCUAAAGAGGCUGAACUGAAGGGCGUUUGGGUGGCGUAGCGAUCUGUUCUGUUGCCUACCAACACGGGGAUCACCGGUUCAAAUCCCCAUGUUACCUCCGGCUUGGUCGGGCGUCCCUACAGACACAAUUGGCCGUGUCUGCGGGUGGGAAGCCAAAUGUGGGUAUGUGUCCUGGUCACUGCACUAGCGCCUCCUCUGGUCAGUCGGGCUGCCUGUUGAGGAGGG